ACUCUAGCCCUUACAGCAAAUCAGCAGUUUGUGGAGCUACGUGGAAAUCCACCCAAUCUCUCUCUUUCCUGGCUUCACAAGUGGGAGCUGUUGAUACCUGCACGGCUCCUGGUGCAAGGCAGAGCAGAAGAGCACAGUAAGUUAAUCCGCAAGCCAUUCAGAAACGUCUAGGACAGAGACAGUGACACCAGGGAAUCAUAUGUCUGCACUGAACAUCUAGUAAAUUGUUUACUUGGAGGGUUGAUGAGAAACGUGCAAAUGAACCUCUGAAGGAACUACUUGUCAGAUAUUUACCCAUUCUGCAAUCUGUCACAUGAAGCUGCUGUAUUCUAGGAUGCAUCACAGAUGGAAGAUUUUGUCUCCACAGCCACAAUGUUCUGAACAAAUUAUGACAUCGACAUCUAAAGGAAUUUUCCGGCCAUUUUUUAUUAUCUUCAUUAUCCUUGGUUGUUUCAUGGCAUUUAUAUUAAUUUAUAUAAAACCAACAAAUAGCUGGAUUUCUGGUCCUAUAGAAUCAGCCAGCUCAGUGUUGAAAAUGAAGAACUUCUUUUCUUCCAAAACUGAUAAUCUCAAUGAAACUACUGUUUUGAUCUGGGUUUGGCCAUUUGGCCAGACGUUCGAUCUAACAUCCUGCCAAACGAUGUUCAACAUCCCUGGGUGCCAUCUGACCAUUGACCGCUCGCUCUAUAACAGAUCCCACGCUGUUCUCAUUCAUCACAGAGACAUUAGCUGGGAUCUGGCUAACUUACCUCAGCAAGCCAGGCCACCAUUCCAGAAGUGGAUUUGGAUGAACUUGGAGUCUCCAACUCAUACUCCACAAAAGAGUGGCAUUGAACACCUUUUUAACCUGACCCUGACUUACCGGCGUGAUUCAGAUAUCCAGGUGCCUUAUGGCUUCAUGAUGGUCGGUACGAGUUCCUUCACAUUUGAAGUACCAAGUAAGGAAAACUUGGUCUGUUGGGUUGUAAGUAACUGGAACCCCGAGCACGCCCGAGUCAAGUAUUACAACGAGCUUAGCAAGUACAUUGAAAUCCACACCUACGGACAAGCCUUCGGAGACUACGUCAACGAUAAAAACUUGAUUCCAACUAUCUCCACUUGCAAAUUCUACCUUUCCUUUGAAAAUUCAAUCCACAAAGAUUACAUUACUGAGAAACUUUACAACGCUCUUCUGGCUGGAUCAGUACCAGUUGUACUGGGCCCUUCCAGAGAAAAUUAUGAGAAUUACAUUCCAGCAGACUCUUUCAUACAUGUGGAAGAUUUUCUCUCCCCCAGAGAGCUGGCAGAAUAUCUUCUGAUGCUUGACAAAAAUAACAAGAUGUAUCUUAGUUAUUUCAACUGGAAGAAAGAUUUUUCAGUGCAUCUUCCUAGGUUCUGGGAAUCACAUGCAUGUCUUGCUUGUGAUCAUGUGAAAAGACACCAGGAAUACAAGUCCAUUGGAAAUUUAGAAAAAUGGUUUUGGAAUUAAUUUGUGUUGGGGGAGGGGGUGUGCAGGUGUGUGUGGGUUUGGGUGUGUGCUUCUGUGUGCACUUUUUUGAAGAAACCAGUAAAGACUUCAGUCCAAGUGGAGAGGAAAGGAAUAGAGAAAAAAAAGAAGGAAAAAAGACUCACAUUUCAUGGUUUAUCAGUUAUUCUCUCUUGGCUAUCCUAUUUAUAUUUUGUAAGAGAUUUUAAAAGAUCAACAGCAGCAGUCAUCAAUACUCAGUUUCAAAUUAUAAUAGAGAUACUAAUUAUGUGCACUGAAGAGUGAUUACUUAUUAUAAAUUUAAAACAUGAUUUUCCACAUUUUCUGUGAAAUAUGUCCUGGUCUUACACUUGAAGUAGUAAUUUUUAACAAUUGAGAGGUUUUUGGUUCUAACAUUAUCUUUGCUGUUUAACCUAUUUGGAAAAUGAGGAAAGAAUUUUUAAAUGCCAGAGAAAAUUUUAAGAACAUAAUUUGUUGUUCCAGGUAGAAAUGUGUGUAGUACUUCAAAAGACAGUAAAUUUUCAUAUGUACAUCUUUCAUUUAAGACCACAGUAGAGUACAAUACCUAACAUUAUGGAAACAUGAUUAAUUGUCCCCUUUUUAAAGGUAAUGAACCUAGAAUUAUUUUUUUUUAAAUGUAUUAGAAUAUUGGAUAGUCUUUGUUUCUAAAAAUGUUUCCUAAAAAAUUAUGUUAGGUCUCAUUAUGUUGCUUCAGGAAUGUAUCUCUUCUCACCCUCUGUAGAAAAAGAAAAGAGAUUUAGAUAAAAUUACCAAUCCUGGUGACCAAAGCCCAGAUUAAUCCAAUUUUUGAGUAUAUU